AUGAAGAUCAAAGCCCUUUCUCGGAGCGUCGAGGAGUACCAGCCUCCUGGCGCAAAUGCCAAGAAGCUGCCUCGCAACCUCGAUCCUGCUCAGCAUCCUAUGGAGCGCGCUCGAGAAUACACGAAAGCCCUUAAUGCCGUAAAGUUAGAGCGCAUGCAUGCCGCGCCCUUUGUCGGACAGAUGGGCAGCGGCCAUAUCGAUGGAGUUUACUCGAUGGCCAAGGACCCGAACUCCCUGAAGCACAUGGCAUCUGCCAGUGGCGACGGCGCGAUCAAAGCAUUCGACCUCACGAGCCGAGACGAGAUCUGGCACACAAAGAGCGCCCACACCAACAUCGUGCGAAGUCUCUGCUGGACGAAGGACGGAAAGCUUCUCAGUGCGGCCGCGGACAAGACGAUAAAGUUAUGGGAUCCAUACAAUACGCCGAGCGAUUCCGCGCCGAUUUCUUCGUGGUUGGGUAACAGCGGUUUCCAGAGCUUGUCGCACCACCGAUCGCGGAACGCCUUUGCCGCCUCUUCCUCGUCCAGUGAGAUUGCCAUCUACGACUUGGAGCGACACAGCGCAGCUCCCGAGAUUCUACGAUGGCCCAACGCAACCGACACCAUCAACGCCGUUUCUUUCAACCAGGUUGAGCAGUCCAUCCUUGGUAGCACAGGCGCCGACAGGAGCAUUAUUCUCUGGGACGUCCGCACUGCCAUGCCCCUGACCAAGACGACGAUGACAUUCGCAUGCAACUCUCUGUCAUGGAACCCCAUGGAAGCCUUCAACUUCGUCGUUGGCAGCGAAGACCACAACUGCUACAUGUUCGACAUGCGCAAGUUCGACAGAGCACUCAACGUUUACAAGGGCCAUGUCGCCGCCGUUAUGAGCGUUGAGUUCAGUCCGACGGGCGAGGAGCUGGUUUCCGGAUCCUACGACAGGACGGUCCGCAUCUGGAACCGUGACCAAGGACAUUCCCGCGACAUGUACCACACCAAGCGCAUGCAGAGGGUGUUCAGCACCAUGUUCACUCCCGACUCCAAGUACAUCCUUAGUGGUUCCGACGAUGGAAACGUGCGCGUCUGGCGAUCCAACGCCACCGACCGGUCCGGCAUCAGAUCUGCGAAGCAGAGACAGGCCCUCGAGUACAACGAGGCCCUGGUCUCCCGUUACAGCCACAUGCCAGAGAUCCGACGCAUCAAGAGACACCGCCACCUACCCACGGUGAUCAAGAAGGCGGGCGAAAUCAAGAGCGUGGAGCUCAAAUCGAUCAAGAGGCGUGAAGAGAACGAGCGGAGACACACCAAGAAGCAGUUCGAGAGGCGUAAGGGCGAGAGAGAAAAGCCCAUCCUGGCGCGGGAGAAGUAG